AUGUCCAGAAGAUACGAUAGCAGGACCACAAUCUUCUCGCCAGAAGGACGCCUGUAUCAGGUUGAAUAUGCUCUGGAAGCCAUCAGCCAUGCAGGCACAGCCAUUGGUGUUCUGGCCAAGGAUGGUGUUGUUCUCGCUGCGGAAAAGAAAGUCACGAGUUUGUUGCUGGAGCAAGAUACCUCUGCCGAAAAGAUGUAUGUUCUGAACGACAACAUGCUGUGUGCAGUUGCUGGUAUGAACGCUGAUGCUCUGAUCUUGAUCAACCACUCACGUGUGAUUGCGCAGCAGUAUCUGAAAGAGUACAAUGAAGAAAUUCCGUGUGAAACUCUGGUACGCCGCCUCUGCGAUGUCAAACAAGGCUACACGCAGCACGGAGGACUGAGGCCUUUUGGUGUCUCCUUCAUCUUUGCCGGCUUUGACGACCGGUACGGAUUUCAAUUGUACUCCUCGAAUCCAUCGGGCAACUAUUCCGGUUGGAAAGCCACUAGUGCGGGUGCCAACACCUCCAGUGCUCAGACUCUUUUGAAGCAAGAUUACAAGGAUGACAUGACAUUGGAGGAGGCCAAGGAAUUGGCACUCAAGGUGCUGAGUAAGACCAUGGACAGCACUUCAUUAAGCAGCGAAAAGAUCGAAUUUGCCACGGUGAAGCUCAAUUCGAAGGGCAUAGUUGUUCACCGCAUAUGGAAACCUACAGAGAUCGAUCAGCUGCUGAAAAGCACGGGUGUUGUGGGCGAUGACGACGAUGAGUUUUCCUAG